AUGGGAGUUACUCAGAGCGACGAGAAUAUAGACAAGACACGCUAUUUCAAGGAUUACCAGACUUCAUCCAUAGAAUACGAGAACGGACGGUACACUGCCAAAUUACCUUGGAAACAAGACCACUCGCCCCUCCCUAGUAACUACGACAUAGUGAAAGCAAGAACCGAGAGUACUCUGAGAAGACUACGUAGAGAGCCCCAUCUACUCCAGAAAUAUGACGAGAUCAUUGCUGAACAGGAACGACGUGGUUUUAUUGAGAGAAUUGAUAACGAUACCCCACCCACAGGACAACUCCACUACAUUCCCCACCACCCAGUGAAAAAGGAUUCAGCGACCACGCCCAUUCGGAUAGUAUAUGAUUGCAGCUGCCGCACAUCUACCCAGUUCCCAUGCUUGAAUGAUUGUUUAGAGUCGACCACACCCAUGUUGAAUGACCUUACCACCAUACUAGUGAAAUUCCGUCUCCAUGGUUACGCCAUCACAACAGACAUUGAGAAAGCCUUCCUUCAUGUCGGAUUAAAUUAA